AUGGAGGGUGGAGACAACCGUGUCGUCUGCUACGGAGUUCGCCAUUACGAUGCCUUUUCCGCAAGCCGCGACGGCCCAGCCAACGAGUGUUGCGCGGCUGCAUACACAGUGGUGCAGAAGGAAGCGUCAAAUGUGGCAAUAGAGGAGACCCACGUGAGUCCAGAGAUCCCGACAACUUCCUGCUAUAACCAACUGAAGAGGGGCUGCUUCAGCUGUGGAGACGACGGUCACACGAGUCGGGAGUGUCCAACCCCCCCCCCCUCCCCGCAGGAGUGGCGCUCCAAGGGAUGUUUCUGGUCCGGAGAGAACGGGCAUACGAGGCGCGACUGUCCCGACCUGGACGCUUGCGGCGGACGAGGUGGAGACUUCUCCGGAGACGGGGGUGGCCGGCCGGCUCCUUGGUUUCUUCAUUUGCCAGCAGGAGGGCCACAUCGCAAGGACAGGUCCAACGAAGCUGUGCCUCGCAAGGGCCCCGGCAGCAAGCCAAUGGAGGCACCCUAUGUACCACCCUCUCUCCCCGCGGAUGAGGACAUCCUCUUUUUGACCAACUCCACCGGCAUCAACUUCGGCAAGUACGAUGCCAUUUCCGUGGAAGGUGGGGGCCCAGAGUUCGGGAUUCCGUUUACCAGCUUCGAGGAAAUGGGCCUCUGGAACAACCUGCUGCAAACCUUGCGCUGCGCCAAGUAUGUCAAGCCGACGCCCGUACAGAAGUACGCCGUCGAGAUUGCUUUGGCCGGCAGACACCUGAUCGCCUGCGCACUGACGGGAUCUGGAAAGACGGUGUUAUUCAUGCUGCUCAUUAUGUCUGCACUUGCUGCUGAGUGA